AUGGCUUCCUCUGUGGGUUCAGGUGUAUUGCCAUUGAGUUUGUGCUGGAAAAAGGGCAAUUCUCAGUCUACCAAGUCUUAUGUAUUCUAUGAAGCGAAGCCAUUGGAUUUGCGUUCAUCUGUAAAGAGGAGCAUUACAUGUGGUUGCAUGGCUCCAACUAAAGACUUGAGGCCCAGAGAUGCUGGGGAAUCCGCAGCUGCCGGAUUCCAUGAUUCAACUAGACCUGAUAAAUUUAGCAUGCCGAGGGAGCCAGACGAUGAUGUGCUGAUUGAAUGUAGAGACGUUUACAAGUCGUUUGGAAAGAAACACAUUCUAAGAGGUGUUAGCUUCAAGAUUAGGCGCGGAGAAGCUGUUGGAAUUAUUGGGCCUUCUGGCACAGGGAAGUCAACAAUACUGAAGAUUAUGGCUGGACUCCUUGCUCCUGACAAGGGAGAGGUUUUAAUACGUGGCAAAACACGGCAUGGUUUGAUCAGCGACGAUGAAAUUUCUGGCGUACGGAUUGGCUUAGUAUUCCAGAGUGCAGCGCUUUUUGAUUCUCUAACCGUUCGUGAAAAUGUUGGUUUUCUUCUAUAUGAAAAUUCGACCAUGUCCAGUGAUCAAAUUUCGGAGCUUGUUACUGAAACUUUGGCUGCCGUUGGGUUGAAGGGAGUUGAGGAUCGACUACCUUCAGAAUUGUCUGGUGGAAUGAAAAAGAGGGUGGCCUUAGCCCGCUCCAUAAUUUUUGAUACAACAAAGUCUGUAGUGGAACCAGAGGUGCUCUUAUAUGAUGAGCCUACUGCUGGACUUGAUCCAAUCGCAUCAACUGUAGUUGAAGAUCUCAUUCGAUCUGUUCAUAUGAAAGGAGAGGAUGAAGUUAAAAAGCCUGGAAAGAUUGCUUCAUAUGUUGUUGUCACCCAUCAACAUAGUACAAUCAAAAGAGCUGUUGACAGGCUGUUGUUUCUCUAUGAUGGAAAGGUUGUGUGGCAAGGAAUGACUAAUGAAUUUGCCUCAUCGACAAACCCUAUCGUGCACCAGGGAGAUAAUCCCUUGGAUUUUGCUCUUCCCCUUGCCAUUUUGCAAAUCUGCUUAGUUCUUGUUGUUACUAGGUGUCUAGCUUAUUUGCUGAAGCCAUUAAGAGAGCCUCGUGUGAUUGCAGAGAUUGUGGGAGGGAUUUUGCUGGGGCCAUCAGCUCUUGGUAGGAGCAAAGACUACAUGAAGGCAGUAUUUCCACCCAAAAGUGUUAUUGUGUUGGAUACUCUAGCAAACAUUGGUCUGCUCUUGUUUCUCUUUCUGGUGGGUUUAGAGCUUAACUUUAAAUCUCUGGCUAAGACUGGGAAAAAAGCCCUUGCUAUUGCCAUAGCAGGGAUAAGCCUUCCUUUUGCAUUAGGAGUUGGUUCAUCAUUUAUUUUGCGAGCAACCAUAGCGAAAGGUGUAAACCCGAUGUCAUUUCUUGUGUUCAUGGGCGUCGCGCUUUCCAUCACUGCCUUCCCAGUUUUAGCCCGGAUUCUCGCUGAGCUAAAGUUACUAACAACUGAUGUUGGGAAAUUGGCAUUGUCAGCAGCUGCAGUAAAUGAUGUUGCUGCAUGGAUACUGCUUGCUCUAGCCAUUGCCUUAUCCGGUCAUAACCUUUCUCCUGCGGUUCCAGUAUGGAUCCUACUCUCUGGUUGUGGUUUCGUGGUAUGCUCAAUUCUUCUCGUCUCGCCAGUUUUUAAAUGGAUGGCUAACCGUUGUCCUGAGGGUGAGCCUGUCCCUGAGACAUUCAUUUGUGGUACACUAGCUGCUGUUCUUGCUGCAGGCUUUGUGACUGAUGCAAUUGGAAUUCAUGCAAUGUUUGGGGCUUUUGUUUUCGGAGUUCUGGUUCCAAAGGAAAGCGCACUUGCUAAUGCAUUGGUUGAAAAAGUUGAGGACUUGGUAUCUGGCCUUUUCCUCCCACUGUUUUUCGUUUCAAAUGGAUUGAAAACAAAUGUUGCUACCAUACAAGGAGCUCAAUCUUGGGGACUAUUGGUUCUUGUUAUAUUCACCGCUUGUUUUGGGAAGAUAUUUGGCACUUUCAUUGUUUCUAGAAUCUGCAAAGUGCCUGUGACCGAAGCGCUUGCCCUUGGUUUUCUUAUGAAUACUAAAGGCUUGGUGGAACUCAUUGUCCUUAACAUUGGUAAAGACAGAAAGGUUCUAAAUGAUCAGACAUUCGCAAUCAUGGUCUUGAUGGCUCUCUUCACAACCUUCAUCACCACUCCUCUAGUUAGGGCUGUAUAUAAACCGGCAAGGAGAACAAAAAGAGAUGACUACAAGCACAGAACAAUAGAAAGGAAAAAUCGCAACAGUGAACUUCGGAUCCUUGCUUGCUUCCACAGUGCUAGAAACAUCCCGUCUAUUAUAAAUCUUUUUGAAGCAUCAAGGGGUACUCAAAAGCGCGAAAGCCUACGUGUUUAUGCUAUGCAUCUGAUGGAACUCUCCGAAAGGUCAUCUGCUAUAAGGAUGGUGCAAAAGGCAAGCAGGAAUGGGCUACCUUUUCAGAACAAAGACAAUUCUGCAGCUAAUGUUGUUGUGGCUUUUGAGGCGUAUCAACAACUAAGUAAAGUUUCGAUAAAACCUAUGACAUCAAUCUCUUCAUUCACAGACAUGCACGAAGACAUUUACGCGACUGCUGAGAGGAAGGGGGCGGCAAUCAUAAUAUUACCAUACCACCAGCACCAGAGGUUAGAUGGUUCUCUAGAGAUUACUCGAGCUGAAUACCGUGUGGUUAAUAACAAGGUACUCGAGCAGGCAUCCUGCAGCGUAGCAAUAUUGGUUGAUCGCGGGCUUGGAGGGACUACUCAUGUAUCCGCAAGAAAUGUAUCAUAUCAAAUUGUGGUUCUGUUCUUUGGAGGGCAUGAUGACCGGGAAGCGCUUGCUUAUGGAUUGCGCAUGGCUGAGCAUCCUGGAAUCAGUUUGAAAGUCAUUAGGUUUUCAGUGGUGUCUACAACUGUAGAAGACAUUAUCCACAUUGUUGCAGAAAACAACCAGCAAUCCACCCAUGCCAUUUCAACUGAUGAAGAGGCCCUUCUUAGCUUGAAGGAAAGAAUGAAAGAAGAUAACUCUGUCCAAUACAUUGACAUAGCCGUGAAUAACCCAAAUGAAGUCAUUGCAGCAAUGAAUGCCCACAACCGCUGCAAUUUGUUUUUGGUUGGUCGAAUGCCUGACGGCGAAUUGGCAUUGUCAUUUGUUGGAAGGGGAGAUUACCACCCUGAACUUGGCCCUGUUGGGAAUUUGUUGGCUUCUUCAGAUUUUUCAACCAUAGCUUCAGUUCUGGUCAUUCAGCAGUAUCAGAACAUGACCCCCUCAUACGAUUCAACUGAAUCAACCACCUGA